AUGGCAGAACAUACCGCACAAGGAGUGGGGACGUCUACUAAGCAGGCCGAGCCGAUUUCUGAAGAGCCAGAAAAUAUCCUUUGGGAAAAGGGUCUCCUCGGCAACAAUGCAUCAGAAAAAGCUAUCGCUGCUGUUGCGUACUUAACCUCGGACAAGCAUUUAAGUGUUGGAUUUGUCCUAGGAAAAGCCAAGGUCGCACCAACCCAUGGACACACCAUCCCAAGAUUAGAGUUAUGCGCAGCUGUGCUAGCCACGGAAAUUGGUCAGACAAUAUCUGAUAAUCUCGACAUUCCGCUUGACAGCAUACAGUACCACACUGACAGCAAGGUGGUUCUUGGAUACAUUUCCAAUGAGAAACGUAGAUUCUACACUUACGUCAAAGAGCCAAAUGGGGAGAGAUUUGAACUUCAGAAUCCAGAGGAGGAUAAAGAGAUUCGACCCGAAAUACCUUGUGCUAAGUCAAUAGCAUCAAAGGAAUCUUUGCUUGGAACACAACGUUUUGAACGAUUUUCAUGCUGGAAGAGACUUGUGAACGCUAUUGCUUAUGUUAAACGAUUUCUUAGCGCCAAAAACAAUCUGCCAGAGCAAGACUGUCUUCAAACCGGAAAGGAGGCAGAAAACUUAAUCAUCAAGGAAGCCCAAAGCGAGAUGUUCCCUGAAGAAAUUGAAUGCAUCAGGUUACACAAGAAGUUGCCAAAAGAAAGCAAAAUUGCAAAUUUCGACCCAUUCAUAGACGAAUAUGGAUUGAUGCGGGUAGGCGGGAGACUUCGUCAUGCAAAAAUACCAGCUGAUGAACGACAUCCAGUUAUAAUUCCAGGGAAACACCAUAUAGCAUUAUUGCUCAUUCGACAUUUUCAUGAGAAAAUAAAACAAGGUAGACACUUUACCACUGGUGCGAUACGAUCAGCUGGCUAUUGGAUAAUAGGUGAGAAGCGACUAGUAUCGUCAGUUCUACAAAAAUGCGUGAUAUGUCAAAAAACAACGGGGGCAGAACGAGCAUCAGAAGAUAGCAGAUUUGCCAGAAGAUCGAAUCACUCCUGGACCACCGUUUACCAAUGUUGGUAUUGA